AUGAUGAACCAAAUAUGGAUAACGAUCUCGCAUCGAGUUAACUCUUGUUGGUCAGAAUGUUAUUCAAAUAUUGGUUAUGAACCAAGUCGAAGAAUUAUUUCAUUAUCGAACGAAUGUGCAACACUUGGCGUUGCAAUUUAUGAGACUGGUCAUAUAUUGGGAUUAAUACAUGAACAAUGUCGAAGAGAUCGCGAUAGCUAUUUGAUAAUAGAUUUUCAAGCAAUAAUCCCCGAAAUGAGAGGCGCUUUUUCUAAAAGGGAUCGUCUUAUCAAAUAUAAUCUACCUUAUGACUUAGGAUCCAUAAUGCAUUAUUCUUCGCAGGCAUUUUCCGAACAAAAUUAUCGAACAAUUCAUCCAUUCGAUGAAAAUUUUUAUGAAACCAUGGGACAGCGAGAUUCUAUCGGAUUUUACGAUGCCGCUGCAAUAAACAUUGCAUAUUGUUCCAACAUUUUAGAUUCUUGUAACAACCAAUUAUACUGUUUGAACAAUGGAUAUACAGAUCCAAAUGAUUGCUCGAAAUGCUUAUGUCCAAGUGGAUUUGUGGGCAAAUAUUGUAAUCAAGCGGAAGGAGGUGAUAAAUGUACCAAUCGCAUAAUAAUUGCAACAUCAAAAUGGUUAUUAUUUUUAUGGAAUGGUACUGCAAAUUGUUCGUGGAUUAUUAAAGUGGAUUAUCUAAUUUUAUUCAAAAUAAAUUUUAAAUUUUUUUUUUGA